CAUUAUAGAACAGAAAGGCUAAUGACAAAGCAGAGAAUACAAAGUGGACAGAGAGCAUGGAGCUCCAGAAAGCUGAAGGGGAAGUAGAGGUUAGUCAACUUAGACAACAAAUCCUGGACCAAGAGGCUCUGCUGGUUGAACAACAAGAACAGCUGGAAGGGUUGGAAGGAGAAGUGGAAACACAACAGAAGACGAUUGACGAUCUAACCUUUCAGAAAUCACAACUUGAGCAUGACGUUCAGCAGUAUAGCACCAGGUUAGACAUAGCAGUUAAAGACAAAGCUGCCAGCGACGAGGAAUUAAGCCAUGCGAAACAGCUGAUAGAGCAGUUAGAGGCCAAGUGGGCGCUCACUCAGGCAAACCUAGAGGACAUCUUAAAGAAAACAAAUGAAGAUCAGGAAAAACAAGGCCCCCAGCUUCAGAGGUUGUUGCACAUUGAGGAAAACAUUGAGGAACAGUUGCAAAGUGAAGUCCACUCUGUGGUAUCAGAGACAGUUCACAGUGAGUUAUCUGCAGUUAGAGAAAAUGAGAGAAAGAUGGGAGAAGCCCUUCAGCAGAAACAGGAGGAGCUAGACUUGGUGCAGAAAAAGGCAGAGAUGGCUGAAGAGAAAGCAGAAAGUUAUAAAAAGCUGUUGGAUGACAGCAAUAACAGGGUGAAGAAACUGCAGAUGGACAUGGAAAAUGAAAGGAGUACCAUGAGGCAGAAAAUAGAGGAUGUCCAGCAGGAAGCACAGAACAUGAAGAAAUCCAUCUAUGAACUUCAGGAGGAAAUCAGAUCUCUCCAGAGAGAAAAGUCUUCGUUGGAGCAAAGCACAUUUUUCCAAAGCACCGAGGUGGAAGGUCUCAAAGAGCAGCUGAAAAUCACACAAGGAGAGCUGCAUAAGAAAAGCUCUGUGGAGCAGGACAAUGUUUUUAAAAUCAACAACUUGGAAGAGGAGGUAACUUCAAAGCAGGCCGUAAUAGAUCAGCUGAAGUCUAAAUGCAACGAGCUUACGAGGAUAAACGUCUCGUCUGAUAGUGACGUAAGAGGCCUUCAGAGCCAAACAGAGUCGCUGGAAAAAGAACGAUCAUUUUCCGAGCAAAAGAUCAAGUCCUUAAAGAGCGAGAUAGAGAGCUGGAAACAGCAGCUUCAAGCGGCUAACGAUGAAAAUAACUCAAUGAGGAGAUCCGAUCAGGCGUCGCAUCUCAAAUGCAAGAACCUCGAGGCAGAAAUUCAAAAAAGUGAAUUAGUUGCUGUACAGCUGCAGAAAACGGUAGAUGAGUUGAGGCAGAUGAAUACAGAAUGGAAAAUAAUCUGAAGAACGCGAGACUUAAACUCGAUCAGGUGAAGA